AUUUUAUUGUUUGUUAUUUUUAUCUUCUACUUUCUCCCUCUUCCUUUGGAUUUUGGAACUCCCAAAUCCUCUUUCGUUCUCUUAAUCCCUCCACAUAGUCCAUUAAUCUCUACUUUGAUCGUCCCCACCAUUUUCAUCCUUCUUAGUUCUCACCAGCCUCUUCCUCUGUGUUGUUGAUUCAAGAAGCCAGAGACCCCUUCUCUGGAAUCCGCCAAUAUAUUCAAAUAGCGAAUAAAAAGAUGGAUUCCAGAAGGCAAGUAUUUGCAGUUGAUCUUCUUGAAAGAUAUGCUGCAAAGGGACAUGGAGUCAUUACAUGUAUGGCUGCAGGGAAUGAUGUCAUUGUUCUGGGAACAAGUAAAGGGUGGAUCAUCCGGCAUGAUUUUGGAGUUGGAGAUUCCUAUGAUAUUGAUCUUUCGGCUGGUAGGUCUGGAGAUCAGUCAAUUCAUCGAGUGUUUGUUGAUCCUGGUGGUAGUCACUGUAUAGCUACAGUGGUGGGUCCUGGAGGUCCUGAUACUUUUUAUGUACAUGCUAAAUGGACUAGGCCACGUUUGCUUAGCAGAUUUAAGUCUCUUAUUGUGAACGCUGUUGCAUGGAACCGACAAUUAAUCACAGAAGGUGUUGUUAUUGUUCUUCUGCUCAUACAUAUUAUCUUUUUGAUAUUUGCUCUGUACAUAAUUGUUAUGAGUAUUUAUAAUAUUAUGAGGGAUGCAUAUAUAUUCACAGCAUCGACAAGGGAAGUUAUCCUGGGUACAGAAAAUGGCCAGCUUUUCGAAUUGGCUGUUGAUGAGAAGGAUAAAAAGGAGAAGUAUAUAAAGUUUUUGUUUGAACUGAAGGAACUUCCUGAAGCUUUCACUGGAUUGCAGGCUCGGUUCUUUCUCUAUUCCUUUAUAUCCUCUUACUCUCUUCAUUGAUUAGUUUUGUUCGUAUGGGCGCAUCUCAUUGCUCACUUAGUCAUUUGCUUUUUCAACUUAUUUGCUGCUCAAGUAUGUGCAAUUUGUUAAAAUGUUGUUAGAGAAAUCCUGAGAAACUUUAUCUUUGAUCUGUAUACAGAUGGAAACAGCGACCGUGAUGCAUGGAACUGCAAUUAGAUACUAUGUGAUGGCUGUUACCCCCACUAGACUUUAUUCUUACACAGGAAUAGGUUCAUUAGAGUCUGUUUUUGCAAGUUAUGUGGACCGUGCAGUUCAUUUCAUGGAACUUCCUGGUGAAAUACCUAAUAGCGAACUGCACUUCUUUAUCAAACAAAGGAGGGCUAUACACUUUGCAUGGCUUUCAGGAGCAGGAAUAUAUCAUGGAGGGCUAAAUUUUGGCGCACAACAUAGUUCACCAGAUGGUGAUCAGAAUUUUGUGGAGAACAAGGCUCUUUUGGCCUACUCAAAAUUGGGGGAAGGAGGUGAAGCUUUGAAGCCUAGUUCUAUGGCUGUGUCUGAGUAUCAUUUUCUUCUCCUCAUCGGGAACAAGGUCAAGGUUGUUAAUAGGAUUAGUGAGCAGAUAGUAGAGGAGCUUUAUUUUGAUGAAUCCGUAGAUGCAGUUUCUAGGGGUAUAAUGGGAUUAUGUAGCGAUUCAUCGGCUGGAUUGUUUUAUGCUUAUGACCAGAACUCCAUCUUUCAGGUUUCUGUAAAUGAUGAGGGCCGAGAUAUGUGGAAAGUGUAUUUAGAUUUAAAGGAAUAUGCUGCUGCUCUGGCAAAUUGUCGUGAUGCUCUCCAAAAAGACCAAGUGUAUUUGGUACAGGCUGAAGCUGCUUUUUCUGCUAAGGAUUUCCUUAGAGCUGCAUCCUUUUAUGCAAAGAUUAAUUAUGUGUUAUCAUUUGAAGAGAUCACUUUGAAGUUCAUUAGCAUUGGCGAACAGGAUGCUCUGAGAACGUUCCUUCUUCGCAAGCUUGAUAUUCUUGCUAAGGAUGAUAAAUGCCAAAUAACGAUGAUUUCCACUUGGGUUACGGAACUAUACUUGGACAAGAUCAAUCGGCUACUUCUCGAAGAUGAUGGUGCUUCUGGAAAGGCUACUUCAGAAUAUCAACUAAUUAUCCAAGAGUUUCGUGCUUUUUUAUGUGACUGCAAGGACGUUUUGGAUGAGACAACCACUAUGAAGUUACUAGAAAGCUAUGGAAGGGUUGAUGAAUUGGUGUUCUUUGCAAAUCUGAAGGAGCAAUAUGAGAUCGUGAUUCGCCACUAUAUCCAGCAAGGAGAAGCUAAGAAAGCACUACAAGUUCUUCAGAAACCUAAUGUUCAAAUAGAACUUCAGUAUAAAUUUGCUCCAGACCUCAUGGUGCUUGAUGCUUAUGAAACUGUUGAGUCAUGGAUGACCACCAAGGAUCUGAACCCAAGAAAGCUAAUUCCUGCUAUGAUGCGAUAUUCAAGUGAACCUCACGCUAGGAAUGAGACACAUGAAGUGAUCAAAUAUCUUGAGUAUUGUGUUCAUCGCUUGCUGAAUGAAGAUCCUGGUGUUCACAAUUUGUUACUUUCUCUGUACUCCAAGCAGGAAGAUGAGAGUGCUCUUCUACGUUUCUUGCAAUGCAAAUUUGGUAAAGGGCGAUCAAGUGGCCCUGAAUUUUUCUACGAUCCCAAAUAUGCUUUACGCCUCUGUCUAAAAGAGAAGCGCAUACGUGCCUGUGUUCAUAUAUAUAGCAUGAUGUCCAUGCAUGAAGAGGCAGUUGCUCUUGCAUUGCAAGUUGAUCCAGAGCUUGCCAUGGCGGAAGCUGACAAAGUUGAAGAUGAUGAAGAUUUGAGGAAGAAACUUUGGCUAAUGGUUGCCAAACAUGUCAUAGACCAGGAAAAGGGUACUAAAAGGGAUAAUAUUCGUAAAGCUAUUGCUUUCCUGAAAGAAACAGAUGGGCUCUUAAAGAUAGAGGAUAUUUUGCCCUUCUUUCCGGACUUUGCUUUGAUCGAUGAUUUUAAGGAGGCAAUCUGUUCAUCUUUGGAGGACUACAAUGAGCAAAUUGAGAAAUUGAAGCAGGAAAUGAAUGAUGCAACAUAUGGAGCUGACAAUAUAAGAAAAGAUAUUAGUGCACUUGCUCAACGGUAUGCUGUCAUAGAGCGUGAUGAAGAGUGUGGGGUCUGUAGAAGGAAGAUAUUGAAUUUAAACAAGGAGUAUCAGAUGUCACAGGGUUAUGCAUCAGCUGCUGCAAUGGCUCCUUUCUAUGUGUUUCCUUGUGGACAUUGCUUUCAUUCUCAGUGUUUGGUCACCCAUGUGACUAGUUGCACUAAUCAAACCCAUGCAGAAUUUAUUUUGGAUCUGCAGAAGCAACUGACACUACUUUGUAAUGAGCCGACUAAUAAGCAGCAUUCCAAUGGUGGUGGAUUAUCUGAAGACGAACCAAUAAUGAGCAUGAUGACCCCAGUAGAGAAGGUAAAUUUCAAACAUGACUUCUCUCGUGUUAUAUGUUACUUGAUUGUUGUUUAACUGGAAUCAGUGUGUUGCAGAUACGAUCACAGUUAGAUGAUGCUAUUGCCAGUGAAUGCCCAUACUGCGGGGACCUGAUGAUACAGGAAAUUUCGAAACCUUUCAUUCGGGCUGACCAAGUCGAUGAGAUCCGAUCAUGGGAGAUCAAACCACAACAUAACACAGCAGCGCAGAAAAGCCUGUCUUUACCUGCGUAGUUAUGGCCAGACUUUGCUUGGGUUUGUGUUUUUGUCCUCUCCUUCCUGUAGGUUGUUUAAUGUGUAUUACUACUAUGUAAACAAAUUACCUUAUCAACGGAACACAGUUGUUCAAAUUCAAGGUCAGAGUUGGUUUUAUUUUCCUUUUUCAAAAAAAAAAAACGACAAUCAAUUGUAUAGGAGGAGAAGUGGAAUAAAGAUUUGCAUCUAUAUCAUUUUACAAAAUUAUACUACUACAAUCCUUGCAUUUGUAUAUGAAUCAUGAAUGAAGGAAUUGUUGUUAUUGUUGAAUAGCGCACUGAAACCUUGUGUGAUAGCCAAGUGUUUAGAAGUUUUAAUUCAACACAUUUUCAAAUGCAUUCAUCUAAUAGUAAUAUCCCACUUG